UCCAUUGUACAAGCUGUCCUGCUAGAGUUCCGCGGUUAUUGAGCCGCAAACCUGUUAAAUGCGUAUUUUUUUCAAAGUUGUUUCUUUCGCUGUGGCCGGUUGUCGCCUUUUAACUCGGAGUCGCGUGAGCUUGUAGAAGUAACGGGUUGUUACGGAGAGGGGAAGAACCGAAUCGGUUCGUUUAGCCACCUUGCGGUCCUGCUAGCACCGGAGCUAGCUAACGGUAGCUACAGCUGUGUUGUGGUGGUGCGGAGGUUGACUUACAUACGAGGGAACAUGUCUUCAAUGGGAGGCUAUCACGUUUCAGAAUAACUCCACCGAGAUCCGCGGAGGGGGGGUGUCUUCAAUUGGAGGCUAUCAUAUGUCACAAUAAGUACGUAAGAACCCGAAAACAAUCAACAAAAAACGUCAGUUAGCUCGCGAACUAGCCACCUAGCCGCGCUAGCUUCCCAACCGUCACAAAAGGGCAACAAGACGCUCAGUAGCUAAAGAAGCGCUGCUCUUUCUGUAAAUAUAAUAUAAUAUACACACACUGGUCGGUUGUACGGAUACCACCACCACCAGCACUACGAGAGGACAGAAUGAAUGGGUUCAGCACGGAGGAGGACAGCCACGACGGACCACCGGCUCCGCCGUUCUACGGGCAGAGCUGCUGCCUGAUCGAGGACGGGGAGCGCUGCGGCCGCUCCGCUGGGAACGCCUCCUUCAGCAAGAGGAUCCAGAAGAGCAUCUCGCAGAAGAAGCUCAAGCUGGACAUCGACAAGAGCGUGAGACACCUCUAUAUCUGCGACUUCCAUAAGAACUUCAUCCAAAGCGUGCGCAACAAGAGGAAGAGGAAGACCAGCGACGAUGGGGGCGAGUCCCCGGACCACGACGUGGAGGUUCCCGAGGUCGACCUGUUCCAGCUGCAGGUGAACACGCUGAGACGCUACAAGCGACACUACAAGCUGCAGACCCGGCCCGGACUCAACAAGGCCCAGCUGGCGGAGACGGUGAGUCGUCACUUCAGGAACAUCCCGGUGAACGAGAAGGAGACGCUGACCUACUUUAUUUACAUGGUGAAGAGCAGCAAGAGCCGCUUGGACCAGAAAGACGGCGGCGGCAGCAAACCGCUGGACUAAGAAAAACCACCAACAACAACAUCAACAACAACAACAACAACAAAGUCACCCGUUAAUAAUCCACACAGCUGUUCACAAACCCCCGGACAC